AGUCGUAAUGUUGUUGUAGAGGAGGUUCGUGAGUAACAUUGUUGUCAGUGGCAUGUGUGCAAAAGUCUUCAUCAGUCAAAGAAAAUGAAGAAGAGGUUUAACAUCAACCUAGACGAUUCUGCUUUUACCAGAGAAAGAACACCGCCAAAGCCGCAGUUUCAGUCGUCGUCCAAAGUUGGACAAAACACCUCAACUUCAUCUUCUGCAAAGCCCGCUGCAGAGCCCGCGGACCAGCCCUUGUCCUACGCACAGUUCAUCGUCCAGAGUAAAAACAAUGUGGCUGCUCCUCCUCAGAGAGACGGCCCCUCCAAACUGCUCAGGACUGAAGGGGCUGGGGUUUCCAACACGGAGCAAAGUGAGUCCCCUUCAGUGUCGUCUGUCCCAGCAGGAUGUGAAGCAGGUCAGGACUGUGUGAAAGGGUCUGAAGGUGGAUCUGAAGGGGUCAAGAACAGUGAGGAGACACAGCUGACUGGCACAAACCAAAAAGAGGGGAGUUGGCAAAGGUCAGAUCCAAGCCUCAGUCUGGGUCCGAAACCAGCGGGUUCUGGGAGCAGCAUUAUUGUCAGUCCUCGGCAGAGGGGAAAUCCCAUUCUGAAGUUUGUGAGGAGUGUCCCGUGGGAGUUUGGAGAGGUUGUACCAGACUAUGUCUUAGGCCAGACAACUUGUGCUCUCUUUCUCAGUCUGAGGUAUCACAAUCUCAAUCCAAACUAUAUACAUGAUCGUCUCAAGCUGCUUGGACAGACUUUCACCCUGCGAGUGUUACUGGUACAAGUCGAUGUGAAAGAUCCUCAUCAUGCGUUGAAGGAGCUGGCUCGCAUCUGCAUCAUGGCUGACUGCACUCUCAUCUUGGCUUGGAGUCCAGAGGAGGCAGGGCGUUACCUGGAAACGUACAAGUCAUAUGAAAAGAAACCAGCAGACGUAUUGAAGGAGCAAGUUGAAAAGGACUAUCUGUCAAAGGUUACAGAUUGCCUGACCACAGUGAAGUCUAUAAACAAGACCGAUUCCAUUACCUUGCUGUCCACUUUCUCAUCUGUAGAAGGAAUUAUCAGUGCCUCUAAGGAAGACUUGGUUCUCUGUCCAGGCCUUGGGCCACAAAAAGCACGAAGACUUUACGAUGUGCUGCAUAAGCCCUUCCUCAAGUCAAACACAAAAGACAGCUGAAACCUCUUACCAAGGAGGUGUGACAUGCUUCUGAAAAGAACUCUGUAAAGCUGCUCAUCAUGUUCAACAGCGUGCAAACACACUUCAGAGGGCUGAAUUAAAUACUUCAAACACUCUUGAUUUACUUCGGUCAAGAAAGAAAUGUGUAUGUGUACUGUCGGAGCUGCUCACUGAUUCUGUGCUUUAUUCAGUUAUGGUGUUAUAUCAUUUGUCUAUUGUUGAAUUUAUUUUUUAUGAAAAUAAAUAUUUUGUAAUAUUUU